AAAGAUAAGUGGAAUGAAUGAAUGAAAUGUGCAAGUGCGAGUGUGUUCUUUUUGAGUGUGAAAAAGAGGAAAAAAAAUAAAAGACGUAAACAAAAGGGUAGGCUUUUUAAAAAAAAAAAAUAAAUAAAUAAAAUUUUAUUUUUUCACAAAUUCAAAGUUCAAAACAGCUGAGGUGAGAGCUGAGAUUUAGUGUAAUAGUGUGAAUGGAAUCCAACGGGAGAGAGAGAAAGAGAGGGCUGUGUUUGGGUUUUGGAUGUGGGUGGGUUGGGUGAAUGUGAUUCGUCAAAAGCCAUCUGUUUUUAUUUUAUCUUCAAAGCCACCUGCACCUGCUGUGCGCAAGCGAUUGGUGGAAGCUUGGCUGGUUCGGUUUUUGGUUUUUUUCAGAAAAAUUUUCUCUUUUUUAUUUUUCAGUUAAAAAAAAAAAAAAAAAAAAAAGCCAUUUGCAAUAUCUAUCCAUUCAUCCAUCUUACUUUGAUGUUAUCCAAAGACAGCAGGAAAAGGCCUGUUUUUCUUUCUCUUCCUCUUCUUCUUCUUCUCUCUCUUUCAUGAAUUCUCAUUAUGUGCACUCCAUAUAUAAUAUCAAUAUUUUAUUCCAAAUUCAUGUUAAUUCCAUUUAUAUCCCCUUUCACAUGUUUAUCACCUUAUUUUCUAAACAUAUGUAAUUGAAUGCUUUUUUUUAUUUUUUAUUUUUUAAUUUUUUUUUAACUCUGCCUCUUGUAUUUGUUUGGGUUAUAAUCUUUCUUCUGUUUGUUACCUUUUUCAUGUAAACCUUGCCUAAUAUUUAUUGUGAUUGUUAGUAUAGUAGGUUUUUUAUCUGCCCAAUCCAGAGCUUUCCUUUCUAUUCUUUGUUUACAGUAUUAUAUUAUAUUUAUGUACAUUUUUGUGAAUAAAAUGUAUGUGAUCCGGUUGUCUUGGAGUUGUAAUAGGUGGGCAGAAUCUUAGACUGGUAUUCCUUGGGCAGAGGGCAAUAAGAUAAUAUCAAGUAACAAAUAGGAUUAGUAUCCCUAUUUAGUUAGUGGUGAGGAGAGAGGAUGGUUUAACUGAGUUGUGAGAGUUUUUAUACUAAUAUAUGUGGGGAAAGGGGAAAAAAAAUAAAAAUAAAAAGGAAGAGGAAAAAAAAAAAGCUUACUUUGUUAUAACUGAUUGUAUUUUACAUAGCGGUAAACGCUUACUUCUGUGAAUUGAGUGAUGUUUUAGAAGGUGCAAGAAAUUGGAUUAGGAAGCUAGAGCUAGGAUUUCUUUUACUUUUUUUCUUUAUUUUUUUUUUCUUUUUUUCUUUUUUUAUCAUUUUUUAUUUUUUAAAAAUUUCGUUUCAUAAUAGGUAAAGAAUUCACUGAAUAUCAAUAAAUCCAACAAACAUUAAAAAAAUUUGUAUAUUGUUGUCAAAGGUAUGUUUGCCAGCUUAAUCAAGUAAUAAACGGACAGAUGCUAUAAAUAGCAAAUAGAUGGAUAUAUACAAACUAAGGAUGAGGCUUUAAAGCCCUUUUCUUCUGAUUAUUAUUAUUUUAAUACAACAUCCUCUCCUUAGUUUAGGAAUGAAAAUUCAGCCAAAUUACUAGAAUAUUUGGGAAUUAUGAUGAACCAACAAAAUAGGGCUAGUUUCCAAUUGAAGUGUUGUGCUGCUGAAUUGCUUUGCUGCCAAAUGGAUGAACUCUUUUUCUGCUUUAGACUGAAGUAUAAUGUUUGAGUUGUCCAAACUGUAAUGAUUCAGUGGAGGAUAGACCUAUUAAGUUAGUUAUAUAUCUCUACCAUAUUAAAUCUUCCACAUUGCUGACAUAUAAUAUAAUUGUUUUUUGGUAUAAAGUUAUAUAAAUUUCGCUGUCUUAUUUUUAUUCGACGUCUUUAAUCAUGUUAAUUUAAUCAUUGUAUAACUUGGAAUUCUGUUUUAGCAAGUUGAAUUUUUGCAAAUGACUCCGAAUUGGUUUUCUAUUGUUGGUGACAACUGACAAUUUGGUUCACUUGGAAAUGGAUUGGAUGUUUUCAAUAAUUGAGGCGUUAAAAAUGAUAAGAAGAAAAGGUGUUGAUGGCAGCUUGAGAUUGGCAGAUUUAUUGGUGGCUGCAACAUUAUGUUUUACCUUGGAUGGUUUUCCUUAGAAGAUUGACCGGUUUACAAGCUCUGCUCUCAUUCAGUGAGAGAGGGGUGAUGGUUAAUAUACUGAGGUAGAGGAACUUUUCCAUUGGAAAAGAAAAGGUGGUAUUUAUUUAUGCAAGGGAGGCAGAAUUUGGGGUGGUGAUAAAUUACAGUGGAGAAAAAGUAAAGGUCAGCUCUCCUAACUGCCCAUUUAAAAGGGUAACAAAACUGGUAACAUAUUUGGUUUGCCAAAACAGGGAAAAAUCCAAAAAUAUUUAAAAACCCUAGACUGUCCCCAGCUAUUUAUAACACCCAUGAGGUCCUCCGGACUUCCAAGGAUCAGCCUCUGCCUCUCUGCAUUUUGUGUACUUUGUCCUUGAGAAUAUAGAAAAACCCAUGAUUCUUCUAACCCACCACCUCCUUUCUACAUUCCACUCACAGCUUAUAAGUUGAAGAGAGAAAGAAAAAAACAUAGAAAGAGGGUGUGUUUGAGAGAUGAGGCAGGGUCGGCCUUCGAAGCAUGAGAUUAAGGAAAUGGAAAUAGACAAAAUCAGUAAGCUCAAAGAAGAGCCUCAUCUCUCUGGUGCUUAUAUCCGUAGCCUUGUGAAACAACUUACCUCUUCAAAAACCAAAGACAGCAUGAAUCCCAAAGAACUAGACUCCGGUAGUGUUGUCGAAGCAGAUGCUAUACCUGUCCAAAAUUUAACCAAAUUUAGUGGAGGUUUAGAGCAAAACCAACAUACACAGCACACCCAACAACCUCAACAACACAAAAAACAAGUCAGGAGGAGACUCCACACCAGCAGGCCUUACCAAGAAAGGCUUUUGAACAUGGCUGAGGCAAGGAGAGAGAUUGUCACAGCUCUCAAGUUUCACAGAGCAGCCAUGAAACAAGCCAGUGAACAACAACAAGGACAACAACAACAACAACCACAAUCGCCAUCGAUGCAACCUGCUCAAAACCCAUGUGCUGAGCAGGAAUCUGGAAGGAUGAAAUCUAGAAGGAAUCCUAGGAUAUACCCAUCAGCCACUUCAAAUUUCUCUAAUUAUCUAGAAAAUCUGUCCUACACCCCCAAUUUUCCUCAUCAUCAUCAUCAUCCUUCUCCAAAUCCUUUUGCCUUGUCUGCUUCCCCAAUUACUACUCUUCCUGUUGCUGAAAAUUUGAAUUUCACACUUCCAAAUCAAACCCUUGGCCUGAACCUUAAUUUCCAUGAUUUUAAUAAUAUCGAUACUAGCCUUUACCACAAUAGCAGCAGCAGCAGCAACAACAACAACAACAACCUUUCAUUCUACUCAACCUCAACUUCAAACUCAGUCUCGUCCCCAUCUUCAUCUUCCUCCCCAACUAUUUGUGCUGCUGUUGAUCAGGAAGUUCCAGGUUCAGGUUCAGGUGCAGCAAUACAGAUGGAAGUGGGGCCUCCUGUUGUGGGUGAUGGUUUAGAGUCAAGUGCCACAACCACUAGUGGUGGGGGAGGUUUGCAUGCAGCCAUGGAUGAUGAAGAGAUGGCUGAGAUCAGAUCAAUAGGGGAACAGCAUCAGAUGGAAUGGAAUGACACCAUGAAUUUGGUCACAUCAGCAUGGUGGUUCAAGUUCUUAAAUACCAUGGAACUUGGGGGUCCAAAUAUGAAGUCUGAAGAUGAUGAUGAUUAUGGGUAUCAUCCAUUUGAUGAAGUCAUGGAAUUUCCAUCCUGGUUGAGUGCUAAUGAAAAUGAGACCUGUUUUCAACACCAUUUUGAUGAUUACUGUCCUGAAGACUACUUCCAAAAUCCUGCCUUGCCUUGUGUUUAGCCAUUGUAAUUUUGUGAAACACAGCAUGGACAUUGGAGAAUUUGAAGGUAUGGAUGGGGAGUGGUUAGCAUGAGCAUGACAAGGAUUGAUCAUUGUUUUUUUUGGUUAAUCAAAUCUUUGGCUCUGUACUGUUUUUUUUUUUUUUUUUUUUUUUUUUUUUUUUUGGGUAGUUCUUUAAAAGAACUUUUUUGUUUUUUGUUUUUUGAGACAUAUAAGGCUUGCAAAUUUGUCAAAUUAGGCAGCAUGCCAUUGAGGAGAAUAAUGUACGAGGAAAGAAGCAGUAUGCUCUCUUUUUUUCUCAUUU